CACCCUUUUCCGUUUCCCUCCACGGCGCGCCCCUCUUCCCUCCCCCAUUUUCAGAUCCGAAAUCCAAAUCUCCGCCCUUUAUCUCUCCUCCCCCCUCCGACCCACCACCACCUCAUCCAUUCCCCUCCUCCCUCCCUCCCCUCCCCCUUCCCGCCGCCGCCUCCCACUCCAAACCCCUGCCGUUGGCCACCGAUCGAUUGAUCCAGUGCUCUGCUCUGGUGGUUGCCCGUAGGAUCCUCCCGGCAGCAGAGAUCUGUGGCGGCGGAUCGGGCCGGGCACCAAACCCCUAAACCCCCGAUCCGCGACGAGGAGCGGGUGCGGUGGCCGGAGCCGCGGAUCGCCGGAGCUGAGAGGGGGCGCCUGUCGCAGAUCUGCCGAUCCUGGCGCCGGACAUGAGCUCCUCGGUCGAGAAGGGGAGCGGAUCGCUGGAUCCCGGCGAGCGCCCGGCCGCCGGCAGCCAGCCCAAGGCAUGCACCGCCUGCAACACCACCAAGACGCCGCUCUGGCGCGGCGGACCCUCCGGCCCCAUGUCGCUGUGCAACGCGUGCGGGAUCCGGUACAGGAAGAAGCGGAGGGAGGCGAUGGGCCUCGAGGACCCUCCCAAGAAGAGGCAGCCGGCGGCCGCCGCCGCGCCCGCGGCGUGCUCGGAGGCCGGCGGCGAGAGCGCGGAUCCGGAGCAGCAGCAGCCGCAGCAGGCCAAGAAGACGACGACAACGACCAAGAGGGGGCGCGAGGUGGAGCUCCGCGUGGUGGGGUUCGGCAAGGAGGUGGUGCUGAAGCAGCGGCGGCGGAUGCGGCGCAGGCAGCGGCUGGGCGAGGAGGAGAAGGCGGCCAUCCUCCUCAUGGCCCAGCAAUCAAGCAAGCAUGCAGGCAGAGAUGUUGCGGCGUCUCUGCCUGCUCCCCCUUGUUCUUUCCUGCUAGUUUUUCCGGCUGAUUAGUUGUUGAAUAACGAAUGAAUGAACGAUGAUGAUGCAGCUGCAGCAGCAGCAGCUGCUGUUCUUCGCGCCAGCUUUAGCGGCUUUGUUCUUUCUUCUUGCCUAGUAGCAGCUGUGAUGUUACCAAGUAGUAGUAGUAGCGGUUAUCCUAGUAGUAGUGGUAGUGUGUAACAUCUCAGUGUGAGAAUUGAGAGAGCUUUAUGAAUGAUGAACCAUCUUUGUGGCUCCA